AUGACCCUCACGUCAAUGGCGACCGACGCCGCGGUCGUCUUCGUCUGGACGGCGCUGACAGUAGGAGUCACGCUACUGAUCGCCUGGAUCUAUGCACCAAUCGCGGAAGCCAAGAGACUGGCUCAGGAGGUCGACCCGGCCCAAGAAGCUACCUACAUCGAUCCGAACGACGACAACAAGCGCGUACCAUUUGGGUCGCUGGGGGACGAAGCGGCCCACGUGUCGCUGACGGUCGUAAUUCCUGCGUACAACGAAGAAGAGCGCGUGGCAGUGACACUCGCCGACACGAUCGCGUUCUUGAACGAGAAGCAGCAGACGGACCGGUCGUUCACCUACGAGAUCAUUGUCGUAGACGACUGCAGCGAGGACCGCACCGUGGACGUGGUGCUGCAGGCCGUCCAGAGCUACUCGACGGACCGAAUCCGACUGCUGCAGCUGCAGCACAAUCACGGCAAAGGCGGCGCUGUUCGCAAAGGCGUGAUGCGGGCGCGGGGCGAGCAGGUCCUGUUUGCCGAUGCCGAUAACGCGACCGAGAUUCGAGACUAUGACAAGCUCGCCCGUGCUCUGGCCGACGCUCGAACGUGUCCUGGGCAGCACACGGGCGUAGUCGUGUGUGGCAGUCGCGCCCACUUGGAAGAACAGGCCAUUGCCCAGCGCAACCCGCUGCGCAACUUGCUCAUGCACGGCUUCCACGGGAUUGUCUCGACGCUGUGCAUCAAGAACGUGCGCGACACGCAGUGUGGGUUCAAGCUGUUCGACCGCACGGCCGCGCGCGUGUUGUUUCCGCCACUGCACAUUGAGCGCUGGGCGUUUGACGUGGAGCUGCUGUACCUUGCAGCUAGCCGGAACAUGGCCAUCAAGGAAGUCGCAGUGCGGUGGAAAGAAGUGCCGGGGUCCAAGCUGAGUGUGAUCUCGGCGACCAUCACGAUGCUGCGGGAGAUCAUCCUCAUCCGUGUGUGCUAUAGCGUCGGCCUUUGGAAGAUCAGCGACGGUGGGUUUCGUCUUGCCGGUCGAUCGCGAAACACAGCUGCAGCUGUAAAAGCGCCUCACUAG